AUGCAUUCUCCCGGUGUCGGCAGCAGUUCCCAACCCAGUGCAGCUCGAGCCAUCGCGUCGAUUGAUGAGGGGCCACCGAAGGUUCCCAAAGGGGCCCACCCGAGCGAUGCGACGCAAGGCAGGCAGGCCGCUGGCCAGUCGCCGCGGCAACCACCGCGGCCGCCGCCGCCCCCCCCGGAGUCCGUCCAGACCAUUCUCGAGACGUUCCGGGAGCAGGUGGCGGCCCAGACGAGGCAGAACGAAGCUUUCAUCGCAGCAUUCCACACCAUGAACGAGCAAAAUCAGCAGAACUUCCAGGCCCUCCAGCAGGCCAUUCUGCAAGUUGCUUCUCAUCGGGAUGUGGGAGGUGCAACUGGAGGCACCGCCACGCCAGAGGCAGCACAGGGCAACGUUGGCAGUAAUACAUUCUUCAAGAGUUUCCCAGCUUCUUUGAACAAGAGUUUGGAUAAGGUGACGUACGAUUUCGAGCAGAAUUUGGGUAAAUCAGUGAAGGCGAAGGCAAUGCAUGCAAAGGCAGUUGAAGACGUCAAGCUUCUCGCUCAAGGGUCUUACCCCAACGGGAUGAGGCCAUUCAAAAGCCCAGCCCACCACGUGGAAUUGGACGCUCCUUGGAGCACAGCUGCAUCGACGGACGUGUCUGUUGCGUUGCCGUCCGGUCAGUUAUGUACGAUUCCCAAGGGGUUUACCCGCAGAGAAGCUAAAGCUGCCUUGCACAGAUGGGUCGCUCAUGAGUUGAGGGCCAUCGACGUGGAGGCUCUGGAGUCUUCCUCCGCUAACGCAGCAGAAAUGUCCAAGAAGAGCGUCUUUGCCAAGACGUGCGAAGACAUCAUGGACAAAGCCUGUUCGUCUCAAGCUUCAGAUUUAGGCCUGGAGGAGCCCCUCAUGAAGCAGGUCAGCCCUGAGAUGCGGGCCGAGAAGGUGGAGGAGCUCUACCGCCGGGCCGUGCUGAAAGUGGAGAAAACUGAAGCCAGCAAGCGGGACGCGCUCGAAAAACACCGGCGAGCCGAAGAGCAGAAGGAGCAGCAACUUUUGCAGACCAAGCCGGAGUCCCUCUUCCAGAACGCUGUGGAACACAUCGCGGAGGCUGCAGUUCAGAAGGCAAUGGCGGCCCAGGACUCGAUGGUCGUGGAAGACCUUCCCGGGACAGGCGGUGCAACCGCCGGCCACGAACACACAGCCAAGUUCGUCGAAGCCUUGGCAAAAAACGGCGGACCCCCCGGGGGAGCCCGGGGGAAGCAACAGACAGCUUCCCGCAGCACGCCGCCCAAACCACAGGGCGCGGGCAGGGGGAAGGGCAAAGGCAAGCCAAAAGGUGGGAAAGGCAAAGGCUAUGGCAAGAAAGGCAAAGGAAAGCGCGGAAAGAAGUGA